GUUCUACCCAAAAGCAUUUUUGAAAACUGAAUCAUGGGACGCGAACGUGAUACGAGAAAGCAAAAAUGUUCCAGAGUUCAUAGUCUUUUACUAAAGCCUGAGAAGAUUGUUUCCUUUCUGAUGGAGAUUUGCUGAAUACUCUUCUCUUCCUGCUUCGAGACUUCACUCAACCAGCAUGGGGAAUAUUCUUGUGCAUUUGUGUCCGGCGACUACCUUGAAGAUCUCUGCAAGAGCCAAAUCGUAUCGCAGGGUAAAUCGACGUCAAUCUGAUACUUCUCAUCUGUGCACGGUCGAAGCCAUAUCAGAGGAGCAUAUACCGCAUUCUCUAAGCCCUACUGUCCCAGCCGUGCCGGAUUCGCCAAAUACAUCGGCUCCAGAGUUGAGCUACCAACGUGUCCCAGUUCAGGAGUCGAAGGUGAUAACGAAAUACGUGAACUUCCCGUUUCUCACGAACGAUGAAAUUGCCAGGUGGAUAGUAAGUACCCGGUUUAUGUUCAUCCUUCGUGGUCCUCCUGGUUCCGGAAAGUCCUACAUCGCUGAGUGCAUCCGUCUGCGCUUUCCUAGCACUGUGGUUUGUUCAGCAGACGAGUUUUGGUACCUCGAAUCUAAUGGUGCAGAAUAUCAGUUCGAUAUUUCACGCAUUGCUGAAGCCCAUCAAUGGUGCCAAGGCAAAGCAUACGAUGCGGCAGAGUCUGGCGUUAGCCCUCUUGUAAUCGACAACACAAACGUUCGAGCAUGGGAAACGCGAUACUACACCGAUCUGGCCAAACGCUUUGAGUAUGCUGUCAUCAUGGUUAUACCCCAGACACCAUGGAGGUUUGAUACUGAUGCGUUGGCCAUGCGAAACGUCCAUUUUGUCGGUCUUCAUGCUAUAGAAGCCAAAGUUCGUAACUUCGAGCACGUAUUUCCGCUAUACUAUGGUUGGUUAUGGCCAGGGAAAAGCAGUAGCUGUGGUAAACGACGCAAUGGAUCGUCAGCAGCGUCCGACCUAACGAAGGCCAAUUCCUGGCCCUUGGAGGAAACACAAGAACUACUGAAUUGGGCUUGGAAUUCUCUUAUCACUAUUGUUGGUCUACCAGACGUACGUGUACACUUAGCCUCGGCCUUGGGCCUCUCUGACACUGCUCCUAUCACUGAUGUUCUACGACACUGGCAUUCAGCUACCCUACCCGCUUUCGGUGUUGGGUUGAAAGCCAGUCGUGCAGCUAGUGUUCCGCACAUUACGGCCAAGUAUGCACGUUUCGGCCGGGCGGCUGGCGCACAACAGUACGCUCUUAGCGGAGCCGUCACAGAGAGUUUGCUGGGUCGUCUGUUUACGGUGCAGGUGACCGGUUUGUUUUUUUCUCUGCGCACAGUUGGUGUUCGUAUUCGAUUGCCAGCCGAUGAUCUAGUCCUGCGCCAUUUAUGGGCCUCGGAUGAUCAAGCUGUGUUGUCCACAGAUCGAACGGAAUUCGCAGAUCUCCCUGAUAUCAUGAUGAACAGUGAGCAUGUUGAACAAACCAAUCGCCCUCUUGGGUGUCGAGCACAUGUCACCUUGGCCUUAGCCUCGGAUGUGUCGGCUGUGGAAACUGGACUCGACUUACUUCGUAUAGUUGAUUCCGAACUAGCUCGCCGACCUGGUGAACACGUUGCUAUCGUGCCCGGUGGAUCUGUGCGUCGUGUCACUGUCAAAAAAACCUUCGUCUCACCGUCAUCAAGGGGUCAGACUCCACAGUUUACCACUGCACCAUUGGGUCACGAGUAUAUGUACGUGUAUGAUUUGGACGAACCUCAACAUCAUCGGGUUCUGUUCGCUGGUGCCUACUAA